AUGUGUGGGAAAGGAAUCCUCAGGACCCUGACAAGAGUACAGCCAUAUGGGAAACAGCUGCUCCUUAGAGAUGUCCUUUGUGUAAUUAAGACAUUCCACAAGUAUGCUGGUGAGGACAGUGACAGAGCAACACUGGCCCACAGAGAGCUGAGGCAGCUCCUCCAGGGCGAGUUUGGGGACUUUCUCCAGCCAUGUGUCUUUCAUGCUGUGGAGAGAAACUUGAAUCUUCUGGAUAUUGAUGGUAAUGCUGCCAUCAGUUUUGAUGAAUUUGUUCUUACAGUCUUCAACUUGCUGAAUUUCUGUUAUCUUGACAAACAACCAUUACUAAAUUCAGAGCUAAAAAAGAUCUCUAAGCCAGAGAAGGAGAAGCUAGAUGAUGUGGAUCUUCAAGAGACCACCAGAGAUGGCCAGAAGAGAGUGGAAUCUUUGCCAUCUCAAGAAAAGGUAAGGCUUCCUUCAGGAAUGGCAUCAUCAUGUCAUCUCAUCCAAGAAAAUGGAGCAGUUGGACACAAUAGGGUAGACUCAUCAGGAGAUGCCAAGACUCACCAUGUGUCAGGAGAAGCAUUUGAGCACAGUGACCCUCAGAGCCCAUACCUGGAAGGAGAUGAACAGAGCCAGGAAGUGGCCCAAGACGCAGCAGUAACAGAAGACAAUGGAGACCAACUUAAGACAAAUAAGUCAAUGGCAGUAUUAGAACAAACCAGCAGUCACACAAAAGGAAAGGGACAGGAUAAGGAGAUCCCUGGGGAGGGAGAUAAACCAGCCAGGGAACAAAGUAGCACAAAGAGAAGAGAACAGUUUGGAGAAAAGGAAGGAAACUUGGGAACCCAAAGUUCUUCACCAGAAGAAGCAACACAGAGACCAUGUGAAGAUCAUGAAGUUACAGCAGCAAAGAGUAUUAAGAAAUACUCUAAAAUACAAGCACCACUCCUGCAAGAAGAAGAUGAACCCAGGUCACAGUAUGCUUACCUACCAGACCGAGCUGCUCCCAGGAAACCAUCUCAGAUGGGCAGACCAACUGAAGCCAAGGAUGACAGUAGAACACUUGCGACUCCAGCUUACAGUACACCGCCUGAGACAAGAAAUGCAGAUGAAACUGAGGACUACAGCAAAAUAUCCAAGACCUAAGAAUCACCAGCACAAAACAAAGAAUAUGAAACAGAGGACCUGCCCCCAGUCUAAGGUGGUAGCAGAUAUGUUUCAGAAACAUCUGACAUGAAAGCUGAAAGGAAAGAGGGGAGAGGCCCUGAGGCCUGUGGGACAGCAAGGCAGAAAGAAAGUGACAGAAAAACUCAGCCACUGGCUCUGGAGUCCCAAACACAGAGUGGAGAGUAUCAGGAACUCCAGGAAUUAUCAAAAGAAAAAGAUGCUGUAAAAGUUUCUGAGACAAAAGGUCUAACCUCAGAGGGAGCAGAUCAGAAUCACCCUGAAAUUGAAGGAGCAAUAGCCCCAAGAGAAGAGGGAAGACCAGCUGUGGAAGGUACAGCAGAAGCAUGUUCAAACAGCGAGAGGGUCACCAAGAUGCAUGACAAGCCACUCAAGGAAGAUGACUGUUCCCAGAGGGAGGAUCCUGAGUUGCCAGUCACACAGAAUGAUGAGGGGUCUUCCAAAACUCUCCAUAGCCUGGCUCCAAAGACAAGCCACCACAGUUCACAGACAGGAGAACCGCCUAUACAAGAGGAAUCCCAGAGGCAAGUAGACUCACAGGGAGAGCCUGCACGAAGAGGUCACAGAAACCCAGACCAGAAACAGGAAGCAUCAGGCAAGAGGAGCAGAGCUUAUGAGGCAGGGGUGCUGGCAGUCAGCAGAGAGACUGUGCGGCUCAUGAGGGGACAGGAACUGCCCACCAGAGAAGAGCACAAGAGUCAAGGCUCAGGUACCAAAGGCCCAGGUGCAGCCGUGCAGCCCAGUGGUCACCCCGAGGCACAGGCAUCCAGAGUAGGAGGCAAAAAAAAAGUCCCCGUGAUUCCAGGUUCCCUGGCUGCAGACUUCACUAACCAGCUUUCCACAGUGCAGCUCCCUGAGAAGGGAGACGGUGGAAGCAAGAUAAAUGGCCAGAACUCAAGUACCAAAGGUGAGGAAGGGAGAGCACCAGAGGCCCAGGACACUCUGUUGAAAAGUCUGAAUGAGGACAAUUCAGCCUCCCCCAUAACACACUUCAAAACAGAGGAACUUGUAACAUUGGAGGGGAAGAAUAAAAGUCUCCAAGAGCCGGCAGGAGAAGGUGAUGACCAACAAAGUCCAGCCAAGAAAGAGUACGAUUCUUCAGUCCCCCAGUCAAGCUUUGAGAGGACUGGGAAAGACCAAAAUCCCUGCUCUGUGGAGAGGGGUGCAGUUCAUUGCCAUCUGCUGUGCCAUUACCUACAAGAGAAGGCACUGCAGCAAAUAAACGUAACCCCAGAGAAGCACCAAAAUCAGGCUCAGGUGGGCCAGGCAUCAGGCUCAGAGCUUUGCAAUGAGCAGUCGAAGGCUGCUCUCACUGGUGAGAUCUCAGAUUGUCUUGCCUUUUUCAACCAGAGCCCAGAAUCCCCACAGUACAACAGGGAACUUCCACCUAAAGGGGACUCUGCUGAUGAACAGCAAACAUCAGCUCCCCAGACAGAGCUCCCCAGAUAA